AUGGCAUAAGAUUGUUCUCACGUUUCUAUUGGUUCUCGGUUUACUGUCAGCGAACAUUCCCUUUAGUUCUCUUAAGUGCAGAUAUCUUGUGAUUUUUGAAAAGGAGAAGUGCAUUCGUGAUUUUCAUGUGCACUUCAGUGCUUUUAUGAAACUUUUCCUAAAUUCAGCACCCUAUUGUCUGUUCAACAUUUUCUAAAACAGGUCGGAUUCACUCCUGUCACUUUUUAACCUGUCAUCAUCAUGACACAGUGUUGUUGAUGAUUCAAAUUGAAUGACAGCACAUUUUUUCAUUCAAAAUAAAAAAUCUUAAGAGUUUUCCCGUCUUUUACUUCGUGAUAAGGGCAAUUUGCCUUUCAUUUACUUAAUGAAAAGAAUUACUUUGAUGACCUUCUUAUGAAACAAGUGUUUGGAGGUGACCUGUAUUUGAAUUGUCAUUUCCACUGCCGAGCAUCAUCUGGAAUUAAAUGAUAUCAUUUAUUUCUGACAUGGUUGUCUCCAUUGAAAAUGUCAUUGGUAAGAUUACAUCAACAUGCACACCUCAAUGACCAAUGAAAGAUGGUUCAGUAUAUCGACAUAGAUUUUACUCUCUGGUUAACAUGGGCUUUGGCACCUGUGAUUAUAACGUUUCUAUUACCCGUUGUAAUUGUACUACUUCUUUAUUUGACAAGCAUCAUGCUGUACAUCUAUCGGUGGCACAGACAUCGAUUACGAGAUGUUGUAGGCUUCUGGGACGGAGCUCGAAAAUUAGUAGCUAUUGUUUGGGAUGCCCAUGGAUGGAUUUGGCAUGGAUAUGAAGUUUGUGGUCUGGAAAAUAUUCCAGAUGAUUCACCUGCACUUGUCAUUUAUUACCAUGGGGCAGUUCCAGUUGAUGUAUAUUAUUUCUUAUCUAAGGUCAUGUUGUUCAAAAACCGUAUGGUUCAUACAGUAGCUGAUAGGUUUUUAUUCAAAAUUCCAGGUUUCUCUAUUAUUGCUGAAGCUCUAAAAGUAAUUCCUGGUACUGUUCAGACUUGCUCUGCUGUAUUGCGUGAUAACAAUUUAUUAGCCAUUUCACCAGGUGGAGUGUAUGAGGCUCAAUUUGGUAAUUCUUACUAUCACCUUCAGUGGAAAGGAAGACUAGGUUUUGCCAAAGCUGCUUUAGAUGCGAAAGCUAUGAUCAUUCCUAUGUUUACUCAAAAUAUACGUGAGUCAUUUAGAACAGUCGGUUUUGGACGAAUGGUUUGGUUGAAAAUAUACCAAUGGACAAGACUUCCAAUAGUUCCCAUCUAUGGUGGCUUCCCAGUGAAACUUAAAACUCACGUCGGGAAGCCGAUUCCUUAUGAUUCUGCUCUUACUCCAGAGGAGUUGUCGCUGAAGGUGGCUAGUGCAGUAGAGGAUCUAAUUGCAAAACACCAAAGAAUACCUGGCAGUUUGCUACGAGCUUUGGUUGAACGUGUGUAUGAAAUACCCAAGGAUAAGCUUGUGUAGAAAACUAUUUAAAAAGUUGCUAUUCCCAUG